AUGCGCUCACCAAGAACUGGGGCAGCAUCUCCGCCCUUGGCUAUUCGAAAAUCUGCGACGGCCUUGCCUCCAGCGAAGUCGUUCGCGCCGGCGACGUCGCACCUAGGAAGCACCGUUCCCCCCAACGGACGCGUCGUCGCCCACAGCGCCCCCGGGGGGGGUCCGCCCCAGUUUGUGCCGGCCGUGCGCCACGCGCCGGGCCGGGCGUCGCCUCAACCGGGACCCCGACCGGAGCACUUCUCGCCUCGCCUGGGAGCCCAGCCGCCACCUGUGCGCCACGCCUCGCCCCCACAGCCGAUGCGCAUACAGCCGCAGUCGCCGCCUAUGCAGCCGCAGCCGCCUCCUGAUCAUGCAGGCAUCGAUGGCCCCUCACCGCAGCCUGGUGCUCCUGUCCUGGUGCGCCACCACUCGCACCAGCAGAUGCGGUUGCACGGCUCACCGGGUGCGGAGAGGACUACUUCGCCACGUCCGUGUCAUUUGAUACGGCACACGUCGCCGAUACAGCGCAAGGCGCCCAUCCCUGGGCCGAUAGCGGAAAGCACCCCGGUGCGGUCGCCUUGUCCCCAGCCCCAUACUGUGAUCAAAGACCCUGAACACCCCGUCCCAACCCAAAUGAUACCUGUCCUCCCCAAGCAGCUGUCGCUGGGCCAAGCGCUGCCCGAGGCGCCCCAGACGAAUGUGCUCAACGCGCAGACUGUGCCGGGUAUCGCUAUACCGGGCCGUGCACCAGCCACGGCUAGGACAGAAUCGCAACGGGCGUCUCUGUACUCGACGCCGCCCUCCGACACCCAAGUGCCCUCCGUGCCAUCGCAGAGAGCUUCCAACGCAACACUAUCACCACCACCAACACCUUUGAGGAAUCAUCGAGCAGUAGCGGAUGCACAGCAAAGUCAUUCCUUGCCUUCGCCACCGUGCCCGAUCGUUACAGAAGGCCUCGAUCCAGCACCAGGAGCCAUGCAGCUGCUGUGGACGCUGCGCUGCAGCUCCAGCGAGGCUGCCGUCGCUCAGAGAAGUCUUCUUCAUCAGUGGGAGGCAGGCUGCGAGCUGCCCGCGACGCAGCGAGUCGGGCAGCUUUUCCAGAAGGAAUUCUUCGAAUCACUGCUCGGUCAAGAGGAUGCGGCGCUGGUGGACCGGGAGCACUUCCAGAUUUGGGCCGUGGGCAGCAGUGGCUCCGAGAUCGAUCUGCGGCAGCGGAAUCACUGCUCCUUCUUUCUGACGAACUUCAGCUCCAAUGGCACCAUGGUGAACGAUCAGCUGCUUUCCAUCGGGGGUGAGCAGGUGCCACUGGCCGAUGGCGAUCGGAUCGUGCUGCUCCGGCCCGGGAGCGCCUCGCCCCUGAUGGAGUUCCGCUUCGACCUCAGCGGCUCCCUCCUCAAGGGCCUUGGUCCAUGGCUGCUCCCCUCGCGCCACGUCCAAAUGCGAUCUUCCGCGCUUGCCCCGCCAGCGCUGCAGACCGUCCCGGUAGCCGAACCAGCCCCGCCGACCCCUCGGGAGGCUAUGCCGUUGAAGACCUCGACCACGGUGGUGACGGACUUCGAGAGCACGGCAACGGAUGCAAGGGAAGCGACGGUCGUACCGCCAGCGAUGCUCGAGGCCGCGAGGUCGGUGCAGGGCGUCUCGUUUCUUGGCGUGGAGCUCCUGCCUCUCUUUGCGCUGGAGGUCGGCGGCGAAUGCCUUCGGGUCGACGUGCCAAAGGAGGAUCUGCGGAUCAUCCACGGCCCAGCCAUCUCGGAGGGAAAGAAGAUCGGAAGCUGCUUUCCGCUGCUGCUUGGGCGGUCGUCGCAGCGGAGCUACUGGCGGCGCUUGCUGAACGAAAAUGCCUUGAACUCCCUGUCGCGCCAGCACCUCCAGAUUGAGGUGAGCGAGGAGAUCUCUCUGACGAGCAGAAACGCCGCCUUCUACGUGAGGAAUCUCAGCGCCUCGAACCCAAUCCGCCUAUGCCGGACCGCGGCUCCUGAGGAAGUUGAUUCGGCCGCUCCGCUGAGCCACGGGGGCCGGAGGCCGAUCCAGCACAGCGACGUCAUCGUCCUGAAUCCAGUUCAGGGCGUCUCUCUUUGGCUGGUCUUUCGGGACCUCUUCACGGAGCGUACGGAUGCGGCCGGACCAGUCGCUGAGAACAGUGCCAAUGCAAGCGAAUCGCAAAACCGUCGCCAGAGGGCCAGUUUGGAUUUGAGCUUCAUGUCUGAGAUGUCUAUGCUUCAAUGA